CGUAGGCCAAUAAACGUCUCCACAACAGACUCGGGAGCGACACUUUGGUCGUGAAAUACCAUUUCACAAACAACGCCGAGAAUUUUGAGGUACCAAAGGAACAAAGACGAACGACCAUCAUGUUAUUACAGGAACGAGUGAGUCUCACAACGAGUGACUGGUUGCUCGUGAAGACUCCUAUACCAAUCAUUCUUCUAUCAUUCGCAUACCUCUACUUCGUUCUAAGAUGUGGACCAAGAUUCAUGAAAGACAAGAAACCAUACCAACUGAGGACGUUUAUCAGGCUCUACAACAUCUUUCAAAUAGUGUCAAAUGCCCUAAUUGUGUACAAUGUGUUAGAUCUGGGAUUCCAUAAACAAUUCAUCUUCAGUUGCAGAGAACCCACUUACGAAGAGGGUACUUUGAGUCCAUGGAUAUGAUUUUAUACUAAAUAAAACAGUGCUCGUAAAUAGAUGAUCGCCAAGUUACACACAUACAACGCGAUAUCCGUGUAUGUGAGGCAGGCAUAUGUACACAGAUGCCACGUUGGCGUAAAAUAUUUUGUCAAAUUUUCUACAAUCGACACCCGAUGCAAAAUUAUACAGCUAUUCGUAAGAGUGUCGCUAGAUCCAUAACAGAAAUAGAAAUACAUAAUGCAAAUUUCAUGACAGAGUGGCAAGGUGCAAGAGACUGAUUACCAAGUCAUCAGUGCAUGACCGAUACAAGAAUUAUUCUACUUUUGACAACGAAAACAAGUGUAUGACAUAAACGAAACGCAAAUGCAGCAGACCCUCUUGUAAUACAAAUUCAUACAAAUGUAACAAUGCUUCGUGCAAAAAUUGUAGCAGUCGUCAUAUUCACGAUAAUGCUAUAACACGUUAUGCAAUAUUAUGAGGAAUAUGUGAAAACGAUAUAAUGACGUCAUAAAUUAGAUCGACGUAAUCGUAGACAGAAUUAUGGUCGUUCUAAUUCAUAAUGACACAAUAUUUUGGCCUAAUUUUUGAUAUUAACACAUUACGACUUCACCUUAGGGAGCUUUCAAUCGAGACUUGGCGAUCACUAUAUUAAUAAAUCGAGAUUCAAAAAUAUAACCUGAUGGAACUAGAACACAAU